GGCUAACAACGUAGUGCCUAAAACUCUGGUGUUGAAGUGUUUAACUCAGCUUAACGUCAAGUUUGCAGUUGACAGGACUCAUGGCUUCGACAAGUAAAGCGCCGGUACCGAACAGAAACUUACCCUGGGUUGAAAAAUACAGACCACAGACACUUGAUGAUUUGAUCUCGCACAAAGAUAUCCUAAGCACCAUCCAGAGGUUUAUCAGCGAGGACAAGCUUCCGCAUCUGCUGUUCUACGGCCCCCCAGGAACAGGCAAAACCUCCACCAUCCUCGCCUGCGCCAGGCAGCUGUACAAGGACAGAGAGUUCAACUCCAUGGUGUUGGAGCUGAACGCGUCAGAUGACAGAGGCAUUGAUGUCGUACGAGGUCCCAUUCUGAGCUUCGCCAGCACCAGGACCAUCUUCAAGAAGGGCUUCAAGUUGGUGAUACUGGACGAGGCCGAUGCCAUGACCCAGGAUGCCCAGAAUGCAUUGCGGCGAGUGAUUGAGAAGUUCACAGAAAACACUCGAUUCUGUCUCAUCUGUAACUACCUGUCCAAGAUCAUCCCGGCCCUGCAGUCUCGCUGCACCAGGUUCCGCUUCGGCCCGCUGUCCCCGGACCAGAUGAUCCCUCGGCUGGAGCACGUUAUCCAGCAGGAGAGCAUUGACAUAGAUCCAGAUGGAAUGAAGGCCAUCGUGACCUUAUCAUCAGGCGACAUGAGAAGAUCAAUCAACAUUUUACAGAGUACCAGCAUGGCGUACGGGAAGGUCACAGAGGACACGGUUUACACCUGCACAGGUCAUCCCCUCCGCUCAGACAUCGCCAACAUCCUCGACUGGUGCCUCAACAAAGACUUCACCACCGCAUACAACCAAAUUCUUCAGCUGAAGACUUUGAAAGGUUUGGCUCUGCAUGAUAUCCUUACUGAGGUCCAUCUGCUCAUACACAGAGUGGACUUUCCUGCCGCUACUCGAAUGGUUCUGCUUGUCAAGUUAGCCGACAUAGAACACCGACUGGCAUCAGGAACCAAUGAGAAGAUCCAGCUGAGCUCCAUGGUUGCAGCUUUCCAGGCGGUGCGAGACCUCGUGGUCAGCGAGGCCUCGUAGAUGCAGCAACUGCUUUACUCCCCGAUGAAAUUCUGCAUCUCGAAUACAAAACACAGCUACGUGAAGAGAAAUAUUCUCAGUGUUUAGUGGGCCACAGUCACUUGCCUUUUUACUAGAAUUAAAAACCAGCACAGGACAUUGCUGCUACUCAAAUUCUGGCGGUGUUGUGCUCUUGUUAUUUUUCUGCAAGAGAAAUAGAUCUUUCUGCUACCGACUGACCUGCCUUGGUCAGUGUAACUGAAACCUUUAAACACUUUAACUUCACUCAUAUUCCUCCAUGUGUAUGUGGUGAGCAAUGAUGCCAUGAAGAGCUCAGAAAAGGCAGAUUUUUUAUUUUUUUUGUCAAACUGGUGAUUUUGCUGAUAACCUCUUGUGCUGUUGGAGAGAUGAUCAGUAAAAUCACCAGUUAUGUGUUUGUUUAGAGGGGAAAAAAAACACUGAUGUCCUUUGGUGUCCACUGCAUGAAUGCCCACCACACUGAUUCCACAGUGCAGCAGAUGUCUGGAACAAAUGCUAGCAGCUAUCUGAGUCACUCAUAUCUGCAUACAAACUAAGCAAGAUGGAAGGCAGCCGUUUGUAGCUCUAGCACCAAAAAAAAAACAAAACAAGGAUCCAUCCUUUGGGCACUUACUGAAACUAUGGACUGGAAAAUGCAAAAUCUUCUCUGUCACAAGAAACAAAUCCAUCCUUGUGUAAGAAAAAUGACUCUUGAACAUGUAUAUGUGUUUUAAUGUUUAAUAAAACUUUUUCCUAUAA